CUGGCAUGUCGGCGACUAUCCUCUCCAGGAUCGUCUCUCUCGAUGCCUUGAUUCCUCGAGUAGUAGACGUCGGACGUGAAGAGAGGGACGUAGAAAGCUUGACUCCCUGGGUCUUUCAGCACACCAAAAUUGCGCAGGAAGACUGCUUGGACAGCUGGCCCGACGAAGACCUGACGUCGUCUAUGCUGUUCGACGAACUCUUCUCUUGCCAUUCGACCAUCCGAUCCCGCUCUUCCCUGCAUGACGAGAGAGGAAUCGAGAGUGCCCUGAGCCCGAGUGCGGGUAUCACGUUGCCCCUGAAGAACUGGGAAGUCAAGGCUGCACACGACCACCUGGCAUUCACCCGGGCGCAAGGCAUGAUUCUACGGAUGUUGAUGAAGACCGUGUAUGCGAGCCUGGACGACGUGCGCAAGCAAGACCCCGAAGUCCGGUUCUCAAUUUACGCCUCGAAGAUGAGAUACGUGAUUGUCGAUACAAAGUACAGCGCCAGGUCGGAGGGCGAGGUGACUUGGUGGAUUGGCCAAACAUGGGAUGAGUUUCUGCAGGAGACUCUCAGUGUGAUGCUCGGUCAGCUCGCGCAGAACCUUGGUGUGGGGAAGGAUGAUAGUCUGUUGGAGGAACAGGAAGUCUUUCUUGUUGGGUUUCAUGGUUAUGGUAUUCAUAUUGCUCGUGGGGCCUUUACGAGGGAUGCUGUGGGCAGGGUUUAUUCGCGGGGUUGCUCUGGAGAUGAAACCUUUGAGGUGCAGUUUACACGGGGUUACAACCUCUGUCAGAAGGAGGAGUGGGAUGACGCUAUGCGUGCACUUACCCGGCUGUUUCGGUAUCUUUUGAGUGGAGGUGCGAAGGUGGUCACAUUCCCCACUACGAUGCGGUGA